AACAGCGACUUUACCCGCCUGCACAUCACGCCUUUCGACUCGGAACUUCUCCCCGUCGUCGUCCCGGCGAAGGUCCUCCCCGAAGCCCGCGGUAUCUCCUACCACACGAUUGAGACUUUCCCGGAGAAGCGCUACGGCUACAUCGAACUCCCCGCAGUAGAAGCUGACAAGCUGAGAAAGAAGCUCAACGGUUCCGUCUUGAAGGGAGUCAAGAUGCGCAUCGAGAAGGCCCGUCCGCAGCCUACGGCUGAGCCUGAAGUCGAGGUCGAAGAGAAUUCAGGCAAGAAGCGCAAGAAGAAGUCAAAGAACGACUCAGUGGAGGGCUCCAAAAAGAGGAAGAUCGACCACAAUGUCGUGCCAGGCGUCCAAAUCGAAGGCCGGAAAGUCAAGCGAGGAUGGACCGUUUCGGACGAGGACAAGAUUAAAGAGAAGCGGAGCAGGAAGCUUAAGGACAAGGACAAGGACAAGGACAAGGAUCAACAUACAAAGGAGAAGGACAAGAAAGACAAGAAAAAGAAGAAGCGAGACCAGAGAUCGAAGUACACGGAGAAGGAGGAGUGUUUGCUGAAAACGAAGCUUCCGCAUCCCACCGCCACCGCGGCGGAGCCCGAGGAGAGUCCCGAUCGCAAGGAGCGCAAGAAGAGCAAGUCACGGUCACGAGAAACAAUCCUCCACGAGUUUGCCAACACGACCAGGUUUCCCACGUUCCUCAAGACGACCCAACCUUCUACGACGAGCGUGGAGGCGACCGAAUUCGUGGAGGGCAAGGGCUGGGUAGAUGCUGAAGGCAACGUCGUCGAGGCCGUGAAGACGCGAGGGAAAGAGGAAGAGAAGCCUCGGAAGAAUGCCUCGCCGAACCCAGCAGUUGGUGACGAUACAUCGAGCAGCAGCGACACUUCGUCAGAGGAAGACGAACCGGCGCCCAAGGCUACGACGAAGAUGUCGCAGACAGCGAAGACGUCGAAGCCCACAACGUCGGCCCUCAACCAGAGACAGUCACAGCCAAUAGACGAUGAUACGACGAGCAGCAGUGGCACCUCCUCAGAAGACGAAGAUACCGACGACGAAGAGGAAGAUGAAGCGCGCGCGGCGAAAGACUCAGCGCCCGAAUCCGGGAAAAUCACCCCCUCUCGCCCCAACGAAAAAGUCAACCUCACCAUCAAGGUUCCGCCUGUUGAAGUCCACCCCCUCGAAGCACUGUACAAGCGCAAAAACACGGGCGAUGGCGGCACCAGGGCAUCCAACGAUGCAGCCACCACCCCCGAGCCGUUCAGCUUCUUCGGCGGCGGCGACAUCGAAGACGAUUUGGAAGAUGCCGACGGCGGACAGGGCGAAAGAGGAGGCCAGAUCCCCAUGACCCCCUACACGCAGAGGGAAUUCGAAUGGCGCAAUGUUAGGAGCGCUGCGCCUACGCCUGACACUGCCCACCCUUCGCGGGUGAGGAAUUUCUGGGCCUCAAAUGGGGAAGAAGAGGACGACGAGCGAUACGACGAUGUGCUGCAUCGCGGAGACGAGACCAUGGCGGAUGCGGACGUAGGUGAGGGAGAGGGAUCGGCCGGACCGGGGCCGGGCGGUGACUUUCAGAAGUGGUUUUGGGACAAUCGCCGGGAUCUUAACCGGUCUUGGAUGCAGCGGCGGAAGACGGCGACCAAGGAGAAACGCCAUCGGGACAAUAAAUCGAGGGCGGCGAGGGGGGUGUAG